AAACAUUUGAGAACGCACUUUCCUUGAGUACAGUACUUUGAGUUCUACUUUCUCUUUUGUCUACACAACAACUACAAAGAAUAGACUACAGAAUGACAAUUUCAACUUAUCCAUGGUGGAAAGACUCCACUGUCUACCAAAUUUGGCCAGCUUCAUACAAAGAUUCGAAUGGUGAUGGUUUUGGUGAUAUUCCAGGUAUCAUUUCAACUUUAGAUCACGUCAAAAACUUGGGCACUUCAGUUAUUUGGUUAUCACCUCAUUAUGCCUCUCCUCAAGAUGAUAUGGGUUAUGAUAUCUCAGAUUAUGAAGCUAUUUAUGAAAAAUAUGGUACUAUGGAAGAUAUGGACAAGAUGAUUGAUGAAGUUCAUAAACGUGGCAUGAAAUUGAUCUUUGAUCUUGUCAUUAACCAUACUUCCUCAGAACACGCUUGGUUUAAAGAAUCAAGAUCUUCAAAAGAUAGUGCAAAGAGAGAUUGGUACAUCUGGAAAAAACCAAGAUAUGAUGAACAAGGUAAUAGACACCCACCAAACAAUUGGAUGUCUUAUUUUUCAGGCCCAGCUUGGGAAUAUGAUGAAGCUACAGAUGAAUAUUAUCUAUGUUUAUUCGCUAAAUCGCAACCAGAUUUGAAUUGGGAAAAUGAAGCUACAAGGGAUGCUAUUUAUAAAUCAGCUUUAGAAUUUUGGUUCAAAAAAGGUGUUGAUGGGUUCAGAAUUGAUACAGCUGGUAUGUACUCAAAGGACCAAAGAUUUUUAGAUGCUCCAAUUGUUUUCCCAGAUCAAGAAUGGCAACCAUCAAAUGACUACACCACAAAUGGUCCAAGAAUUCAUGAAUUCCACAAGGAAAUGUUUGCAAAAGUUACUUCAAACUAUGAUGUUAUGACUGUUGGUGAAGUUGGACAUUGUUCUAAAGAAGAAGCUUUGAAAUAUGUCUCUGCUAAAGAAAAAGAAAUGAACAUGAUGUUUUUGUUUGAUAUUGUUGAAGCUGGUUGUGAUACUAAAGAUAGAUUCCGUUAUCAUGGAUUCAAAUUGAAAGAUGUCAAAGAUGCUAUUUUCAAUCAAUGUGAUUUCAUUAAAGGUACAGAUGCUUGGUCAACUGUCUUCAUUGAAAACCAUGAUCAACCACGUUCAGUUACUAGAUUUGGUAAUACUGACAACAAAUUAUUAUUAUUCAAAUCAGCUAAACUAUUAUCUAUUUUACAAACUACAUUAACUGGUACUUUAUUUAUUUAUCAAGGUCAGGAAAUUGGUAUGACCAACUUACCAAGAUCUUGGGAUAUCAGUGAAUACAAAGAUAUCAACACAAUCAACUACUGGGACGCUUUCAAAAAGAAAUAUCCAAAUGAUCCAAAGAAAGCUGAAGAAUUAAUGGAUUUGAUUAACUUGUUGGCUAGAGAUCAUGCAAGAUCACCUGUUCAAUGGGAUGAUACCCUUCAUGGUGGGUUCACAACUGGUACACCAUGGACCCGUGUUAAUGACAAUUAUCCAGAAAUUAACGUUAAAGCUCAAACUGGUGAUCCAAAUUCUGUCUUAUCAUUCUGGCAAAAAUCUAUCAAAGUUAGACAAUUUUAUAAAGAUGUCUUCAUCCAUGGUGAUUUUGAAAUCUUGGACUAUGAAAAUGAAAAAACUUUCACUUAUGUUAAAACCUCACCAGAUUCAAAAGCCUACAUUGUUUUGAAUUUCAGUAAUGAAAAUGUUGCUUUCAAACCUUUGAUUGACGGUGAAUUCAAAUUGAUCAACUCUAAUGUUGAUGAUGUUAAAGAGGAACAAUUGACUCCAUAUGAAGGUAGAGUUUAUCUUGUUCAAUAGAUCUUUAGACAAAUUUGGGUAUAACUACGACGUUCUUUUAUUUGAUGAAAAUGAUGACUCUCUAUAGAAUCUUUUAGAUCUGGUUAGAUCUCUAUUUAUAUUACACAUUGGCUAAUAUAUUUUAUGGUUAGAUUAAUUACAAAGAUUGUAGUUUGUCUUUUUAGCGUUUAGAAGAUAUAAUGGAGUAACCUACGCUAUUCACUACACGCAAAUAACAUCACAAUUGUAGUAAAACUUGCUCGUACAAGAUCAUCUCAAAAUCAGGCUUCAGACAUGUUUUCGGCUAAAUAAAAUCCGAUUCUCAUUUAACCGGCGAAAUUAAAUAAACCAAAUAUAUUAUAUUUA